CAACUUACCCUGCGGAGGGUUCUUUGGGGAAUACGUGCAUCAAGAUUUAGAUCUGCCUGUAAAAUCUAUACAAAGUCUACCUCUACCGGUCUGAGUCUCCAGCCCUCCACCACCGUUUUUUUCCUUCCUUUCAGUUUUCUCUGCUGUGUCUGAAAGACCGCGACAGAACUCUCUCUGUUUCUGGUUCCACUACCAGUGAAGGAGUUUUCAUUCAGACUUUCCGAAGAGAGGUAGAGAAACCUAGACUCAGGAAAAGAAGAGGUCCUUUGAGGCAGAUGCGGCAUUAGUUCUGCUUUUUUCAGCAUGGAUAAACCCUUUUCUCAAGGAUUUUCUGAUGUGCCCUAACAUCCAUGUAACUACAAGGGCUCUUUAUCACCAUAAGUGCCACCCUGACCCAAAACCACUCAGAACUCAAGAACCAAGGCAAAAUGGAUGCCACAGUGACAGAUGAUUUACAACAAAUUCUGCCUAUUGAACAGCUGCGGUCUACUCAUGCUAGCAAUGAUUAUGUGGAACGGCCUUCAGCCCCCUGUAAACAGGCCCUCUCCAGCCCUUCCCUUAUCGUGCAAACCCACAAAUCUGAGUGGUCCCUGGCUACCAUGCCUACUGCUCUUCCCCGCAGUCUCAGCCAGUGCCAUCAAUUGCAGCCCUUGCCUCAGCAUCUCAGCCAGUCUAGCAUUGCCAGCUCAGUAUCCCAUAGCACCACUGCCUCUGAUCAAAGGCUUCUGGCCAGCAUUACGCCCUCAUCUUCAGGCCAGUCCAUCAUCCGAACCCAGCCUGGAUCAGGGGCCCACUUAAAGGCUGAUGGUGCUCUGAAGGGAGAAACUGAGCAAUCUGCAGUGCACCCCAGUGAGCACCUCUUCAUAUGUGAGGAGUGUGGGCGCUGCAAAUGUAUCCUCUGCACAGCAGCUCGUUCUCUCCCCUCCUGCUGGCUGUGCAACCAGCAUUGCCUUUGUUCUGCUGAGAGCCUCCUUGAUUAUGGCACUUGUCUCUGCUGUGUUAAGGGCCUCUUCUACCACUGCUCAACUGAUGAUGAAGACAACUGUGCUGAUGAGCCCUGCUCCUGUGGGCCUGGCUCUUGCUUCAUCCGCUGGGCGGCCAUGAGCCUCAUCUCGCUCUUCCUACCUUGCCUAUGCUGCUACCUGCCUACACGUGGAUGCCUCCAUCUGUGCCAGCAGGGCUAUGACAGCCUCAGGCGACCAGGCUGCCGCUGUAAGAGGCAUACCAACACUGUGUGCAGAAAAAUCUCUUCUGGUAAUGCGCCUUUCCCAAAGGCCCAGGAGAAGUCUGUAUGACCUUCCCAGAGAAUGAAUCCAGAGCUUUGUCCUUCUAGCCCCCAUCAGUAAAGUUUAGGCCUCAUCUUUGAAGAGGGGGAGGAGGGGUAAAGUUGCCAAAGUUAGGGACUCACCAGUUUUGUUCCUAUAGUGUCAGGGGAAUGGCCAAGUACAUCCUGGUGUAGGAUGCCUUUUCUUUCUCACAGCAUCUAUCCCACUCUGCUUAAACCUUUUACACCCUGCCAUCUGCCCUUAUGGCUGUCUUGGCAAAUUCAGGUGAUAUACAGGCAUGAGAUUUGGACACUGAGGACUGACAGAGCCAGCAACAUGGAGGUUUAGGGGCCCCCCAAUAUAAUGCCUCUCGAUGCAGGCUUUGAGUGUUACUCUGCUUUCCACAGCGCCUUUGGAAGCUUUCUUCUAAGAUGGUUUUCACAGGUCCAUGUGGAGCAGCAUUCAAUAUUCCAGGGAAUCUGACCCCUUCUCCCUCUUUACUGCUUUUCUCUUCUCUCUUUCUCCUUCUCUCCUCUUCCUUCAUUAUUGUUUUCUGUACUCCCUCCCUCUUCAUUCUGACCCUCUCUCUACUUUAACUUUUCCUCUCUUUCCUUUCCCACCUCUUUCCUUUCUACUCCUUCCCUUCUCCUCUUUCAGACUAAUCCUUUCUCUGCUUGUAUUUCUAUUUUGUUUGAUCUAUAUCUCUCUACCUGUCUGUCUUUCUCUAACACAUCCAGAAGUGCUAUUUUUCAAUAGGUUUUUCCUUUGAUGCCAAACUUUGCUAUGUUAUGCUAUUUACUGAUUUUUAUUAAGGGAAAUGGAUUAGUAUAAUGAACUGAUCAUUAACAAUAGUCUAUAUCUUUGAUGUGUGUGACCAUAAGUACAUUCACCUAUUUGUGAGCAUAUGAGGCAAAAUUAUCUUACAUUUCCAGGUCUAAUUAGUUGGAGUUGCACUCCCUUGCCUAAUAAACUUAUAGUACUGACAGAUUCCACUAGCGUGCUGAGUAGGAUAGUAAAUCAGGAUGCUCAUAAUUUUGUAUGUCUGACCCAAGUGCCAAAGGCAGACAUGCUUUAUAGCUAAAUGGACAAAUCAAAGGAUAUUACAGAGGUCUGUUCUCCCUUAGAAGCUAACUGCCCUGAGACUGCAUGGCUCAGGCCUUAAUAAUGGACAUAAAAAGUCAUAAGACAAUUUUAGAGCUGGAAGGAAUCUUAACUGUUAAUCUAGUUCAAUGCCCUUAUUUUACAGAUGGGAAAACUGAGGCCUGGAGAUAGGAAGAGAUUUGCCUAAGGCCACACACUGACAGUUGGAACUGGAAUACAUGCCUUCUGACCCCUAGCUCAAUAUUUUCUACCCUGUGCCACAUUAAGUCAUGGGACUUUUCUCCUAGGACUCUAUUAACAAUAACAGAAAGCCAUUGGCACUCAAUUUUCAGGAACCAUACCAAGUUAGUGUGAUGGUUUUUAUGCACUACAUGGUGGGUAGCUAAUUAACUAUCAGGUGUUGAGGCUGCCCCCAGUAGAUAGCAUCUUUGGCUCUGUCACCUUUAGAAGCUCAAGUGUGGAAAAGAAGUACUUAAGAAAACCCUAACCAAGCUGUAUCUUCACCAUUGCACCUACCCUUUGCUGUAUACACUUGUCACUCCUGGCUUUGUCUGCAAUAGCAGUUGCCUGAGAACUUAAAUAUCAGCAACAGUGGAAAACUAAGAUGAAAGAUGUAUAAUGCAGAGAACUAACUUUUCUUUUAAAAAAUAUCAAGAGCCUGUGCUGUGAAUCCCCUUCAAUGGGAAAAGGCUGCAGUGCGGAAGGCAGGCUCCUAAAGACUGCUGCUGAAAGACACAAGAAUUAGAUACAGUUACCCUCUGUAAGUGAAUCUGAAAAUCCCUAAAGAAUUCAGAGAUUGAGGGCACUUGCUUGAAAUCAAGGUGCUCCAACUUAAUUUAAGACUUCCAUACUCUAACUUUAUAUAUCAUCUCUUCUAAAGUGUGCAUGGAUGUGUAUUACAGGGUAGAGAGGUGGAGAGAAAUGUAUAGUCAUACAUGGGGGAAGAAGAAGGGAACAUCCUCAUCCCUUUGUUGGAUAUAUCCUAUAGAAAUAUGUGUCAUAGUCUUUGGCGGUUCUGAAAGUUCCUGAAGUGUAUGACAUUUGGGCUGCACAUAGCCCCACACCUUCACUUUCACCUCCUCUUCUAGAAUUGCUUUGCUCUAUUUUUGUAUAUAUAAAUAUGUUAUGAUGAUUACUAAUAAUGUUAAUAAUAUUGCUGCAAAUGGUGCCAUAUAUAAGGUUUGGCUUCUUGGAACAUUUAUAAACCCAGACCAAUACCUUUAAUCUCUUAUGUUGCUUUCAGAGCCUUCAAUUUUAAAUAACUUUACAAAAAAUCUUAUAAGUCUUGUCUUCCUGAUUGAACUUUGAACUUACCUACCCCUAAAAGCUGUGCUCAGUUCUCUGAGUCAUCUGGAUGUUGAUGAGUAGCAACACACUUCUCCCUGCGUCUGCUUGAAGUUUGCUAAGAGCUGAAAUAUAUAAGGAUUUUAUGACACUAAUGCAUUGUUCCUGGAGCUAAAGUUACUAUAUGGAUGUUUGCUUAUUAGUUUCAGGGCCCAAAAUAACACAAGUCACUCCUUCUUGAUAUCCCCAUCCUGCAGUCCUUACUCAGGCAAAUCAUGCACUGCCAGAGAGGUCCUGGGCUCUGCCACACACCCAGUGGAGCUCUUCUCAGUGUAUUUCUAAAUGGCCUUACACAUGGUAUAAGAAACUGAAGGGUUACUCAAAUGCAGAUACAUCUGCAAUCUGCUGCUGAGUCAGGGCUUUCACAUGUGUCCAAGUUGGCCUGAUAUGGACUGCAUCUGGUUUAUGUAGAGAUGGGUCCUAUUGGGGUAUGUGCUCAGACAUGUGAGUGUGCAUAUGUACACCUUCUGUGAUUAUAUACAUAUAUAUAUGUGUGUAUAUAUAUAUAUAUAUAUAUUCACACCUCUAUAUAUUUUAAUGUAUUGCACUUGUAUAUUUAAAAUGUAUAUGAAAGAACUCUAAAUCCUGCAGAGAGGUUCUGUUUUCAUUAUUUUUCUACUUUGUGUCUGUAUAAACAGGAAUAUUUAGAGGGUGUUUCUUGCUUAACAUUUUUUUGCAGUUAAGUCAUCUGUUACCCCCUAACUCUCCUGCUUUUCACAUAUUGGUCCCUUGAUACAUUUAAUAUAGCUUUAGCCAAGAGUUUUCCUUGGUUCCAGCCCAUCUUGCCUCAUCAUGAUAGCUAAAAUACAUAUAGUGAAUACUUAUAUAGCUUUUACUAUGUGCUAAGCACUAUUUUAAGCACAUUACCUAUGUUAAUUUACUUAAUUUUCACAAUAACUCUAUGAUGUAGGUACUAUUAUGAUUGUCACUUUACAGAUGAGAAAACUGAAGCACAGAGAGGUUAAGUGACUUGCCAAAAGUUAACAAAGCUUGUAGAUGGUGAGGCUAAGAUUUGAACCUAGGCUGUCUAACUCCCAAGUCCAUGCUCCAGAGUUAGGUAUAGAAGUCUGGAGCAUAAUGUAAACCUUUGUGGUGUAAUAAGCCUCAAAUGAUGAAUAGUCCUUUCCCUAACUCCAGUCUGCCUGCAGCCUAAGAUUUUAAACCAAUGUGCUCCUAUGUUAGUAGUGAAGGAAUAGUUACAGACAUCAUAUAUUAGCUCUCUUACCUCUCAAGAUAGUGGCACUACAAAGUUCUCCACUACUUUGAAAACAUGCUUGCAGCUAGUUGCCAUGUGUCAGACAGCUUAUGGUGUAGAGCUAGUAGAGAAGUAUUUUCACUUGUGCCAGAGAAGGUAAGUUUAUUUGGCUUUAUCUUUAUAGGCCCAGGAGAACUAAUUCAAUUUCUUUCUGCAGAAAGUAAAACUAAAACUAUUUUUGAACUUAAGAUUGGUUGGAACUGUUAACAUUCAAGCUCAUGUAUUAUAUUGAGUACAUUCCGAUUCAAAUGUAAGCAAUCCACUGAUGACCAUUAGUAAAUACCUUUUCCCAUCACUUCCUUCACACUGACAAUCCUUUACCUUGGCAUUAUUUCAGAACCAGGAAGACCCUUAAAGAACACCUACUCCAACAUCAACAUUUUAUAGUUGGAGAAAAACAUACACAGAGAGGGAAAAUAACCUGUUCAAAGUCACACAGUUAUGAGUUUGGGUGGAAUUCCUAAUUUCCAGAUGCCUUACUCUGAGUUUCUUAGAAAACAGAGCUUAAAGCAAAAGCUUAUGUGAAAUCCCAGGGAAGUAGGAGUCAGGAAAAGAAGUAGUGAGGUAGAGAAGGAAAGAGAGCAAACAUAAAGCAGUGUAUCACUUGUUGGCCACAGUCUGUUUCAUGACAAUCUAAUUUCUCAGUCUCUUAUGGUGGGCUAUACUGCAUUUUCAUACAACCCAUAUGGAGGGAGAGAGGGAGAAGAAUUCAUCUCCUGUCUCGCAUAUCAUCAGUCAAAUUCCUUCCCCAUGGGAUAUUAACUCCCCUGAAUUUCUAACUAGUGCACGUAUGGGUGCCCAGGCAUGUACCUUGGCAUCUCACGUCUCAGCAGCAGUGGGGUAGCAUUUGGCACCACUACAGACAGCAAGGCAAGUGUGUGGAUAUAGGGAGGCAUAUGAACUUAAAGUGGUACUCUAGGCUGGUGCUUUUCCCUUCUAUCUUUAAUCAUAUUAAUUCAAAGCAACUUAGACAUAACCUACCAUCUUCAAAGUACAUAAAGCUUUGUUGUGGUGCUCAGAAAUGUACUCAAUUUUUUCUUCCUGAACCUCCUGUUCUCUGACUUGUUUUGAAGGGCUUCAUUCUGCAUGGAAAUGAAGGCUCUAGUUCAACUAGAGGAGUAGCAAAGUCUUCAAAAAGCAUGUCUAAACCAGUACAUGUACAUAAAUGCACCUAUGUUAAUUUAGGCUCAAUGAGCAUAACAGCAGGAAAAC